UUCUAAAGGUCACUUUUUUAAGACACCCUGUAGAACAAGACAAUCAAUCAGAACAAAUAAUCGAAAUUGACCCCGUCGGUGAUCUGUCGUGACGUUAUUGAUGUAGUCACUUUAUUUUCCAGUGAGAAGCAUCCAGGAUUCAUUCAGUCCUUUGGUCUGGCAGAAGACAGUGAUUUUCCCGUGCUUGGUUUUAUACCUGCAGAUAAAUCAGAAGGCGAUGAUGAUAUGGUAGGUAGAACAUGAUAAUGGCGUUCGGAAGACAGUAGCAAUGCAUAGUAAUAGUGGGCGGAAGAAUAUUUUAUUUUCUGGAACGACGAGUAUUUUCUGUGAGGUAUCAACAGUUAAUAACUAUUCUUUACAAUGACACAUUGUGAUAAAUUAGCCUUUCUCAUGCACGAAGGCCAAAAUCCGCCAUUACACAUCCGCACUAUCUGCCCUCGUGAAAGAUUCUAGACAAUUCAAAAAGCGUGAAAAAGAGCUUUUAAAAGUUGUAACUGUACGUUUACCAUUAUACAAACAACUACAAUGCUAAAAAGUUGCAUUUCGUGGUGCAGAGACUCUCAAACGUGCAUAGGAGAGGCAGUACCCCCAAAAUGGUGGGAAAAUCGGCCGUGAGAAUUAAAGGCUAAUUAGAUGCUAUACAUGAAUAUUUUGUUGAACUAAACGACUUCACAAUCAUUUGUAGAUUGAAUCAAAACUAUGCGAAAAUUUAAGGCAGCUUUCACUUCAAUGUAGGGUAGUUGUACUGCAGGUUAAAAUGGUUUGGAUUAAUGUUUGAUCAACCUAUAUAUGUUUAAUGGGUUUUGUUGUAUUUUCUUUCUGCUGACUAUAAACAUUUUCUGGGAACACUGCAGGUUUCAUGGUCAGCUAUUUUCCCCUCCCUGACAUGGUAUAGUGUAUACAGGGUGUAUCAUAAAAAAGUAGACAAUUUUGAAACGGCUCUCAAUUUCACAAAUUGAUAAAUAUAGAUUGUUUGGGUACUUAUGAUGUAGAAUUAACCAAAAUAUUUCGUCAAGAUAAAUUUUCCAGAGCAGGGGGGAGGGGGGGGAGUGUAUUUUUUUAGCAGCUUUAAAAAUAGCUUGCGCGCGAAAUUUACAAGUUUAAAACGCUUUUUCAGUUCAUGGGCAAGAAUUUGCUCAAUUUUAAGUCCUUUAAAUAACUGCUGAAACUUUAAAUAACUGCUGAAACUUUCAUUUUUUGGCAGCAAUGCCUUUCACCGUUUCACGCAUGCUUAAUUCAUGCAUUUACCUAAUUUGCAUAUUGUUAUUCGGUAAAAAAGUACAAUAUUAAAAAUUCCGGCUUGAGUUUAGCCGUUCCAAUGGCAAUGAUACCUUUUUGCAUCAUUAGAAAGGAUAAUGAUAAUUGUCGGUCGAAAUCGCAUUCACCGCUGGGAAUUAAAUUGGAUCCAAACUAUUGAAAAUAAAUCCCAUUUGGAUCUAAAAUUCAUGAAUUUUAUUUAAAGCCCUAACAUAUACACAUUAAUGGGAUAACACUAGAAAUACAUGCAUGCAUCAACCCCUCGCCCUUUCUUAAUAUACCUACCGAAACUAUAAUAAGAGAAUAAUUUGUGGUCAACUAUACUAUUGCCCAUCUCUUUUUACCAAAUACAUUUCCAUAGUUUAUUAUUUGAAUAGUGAAAUUACGUACGAAAUUAUAAUUAUUUAAUAUUUAUAUCAUUAUUAUAGGAAGUUGCGGCCUAUGUUGAUGUAUUUCUGUCACAUGAGAAAUCUUUGAAAACAGACAACCUUGUGGAUUUUGUUUACGACUUGAUUGCUAAUCCUUCUGGAAUUUAUGGUAGCCUAGGUAAGUGACCCACCUUUUGCUGAAAAAAACCCUGAAAUUGCAUGGUUGGAUAGACACAUCAUAUGGAUAAGUUCAUCAAAAAUACCUACACCACAAAUUAUUUUAUAUAGUGAAAAAUGUUUCUUACAGUAUAUGUAAUAGUACUAACAUUUCUGUCCAAACUGUUCUCCAUAGAGGUCAAUUAAGGACCAAGUAAACCUUAUUGAUUCAUGAGAAAAGCGGAAUAGCCAGUAAUAACCAUAGACUUGCCCCAAGUCUGCUUCUCAGGGCCGUUUAUACAUACGCUUGCAAUUUUUACUGCGAUUUGUGGUGCGAUUUUCUUCCCCUGAUGGAUGUGAACGAGUAGACGAGUUCAUUCAUAACUCAUCCACCCGUUUACAUCCAGCAGAACAAGAAAAUCGCACUACAAAUCGAGCAAAAAUUUGCAAGUGUGAACGGGCCUUCAAAUGGAUUUAGCCUACAGAGGGCGCGAUGACCGCAUUUUCCCGCGCGUCCUUUUCUAUUUCCAAAUAGAAAUCUGUUUGCGAGACAGACUUGGAGAAAGUCUAUAUUAAACACUGUGUCACGAAGAAUAUCGAGACGAUUUCCUCAUCCCCUGUUGAUAUAUACAUCAGCCCACAAUUUUUCUUAGUUGAUUAUUAACUCUGCUAAUGUUUUGUUAUGUUUCUUCUCUUUAGUGCAAAGCAGGUCUCUAACUGCUAACUUUCCCCAGGAAUAUUUAACAUUGUUGAAUGAUUUGGAAACGGAUUACUUGCUGGUAGCCUUUUGUAAACCAUGUAGGUUUUCGUCUUUUAAAUGGAUUUAUCUUGCAACAAAUUACCUUUUACGGCUUUACCUUAAGUUUGCGCUUGAGUAGCCUAUAUAGAAUCGGUAAGGCUGUUUACACUAUCAAUAAGUUUCUGUGAUCACAGUAGGAAUUUUGCAUACGUCAGGUAAAUGCUAAGCUUUGAAGGAUUUGCAUUUUUGCAAAAAAAUGUCUGAUGGAAUUGACUUUGUGUUUAACACUGAGUCAGUUUCCUCAAACAGUUCUUACAAAUCCUUCAAAACUUAGAAUUUACCUGUGCAAAAUUCCUACUGUAAUCACAACCUCGUACCCAGGGCUAGCCGCGAGUUGAACUUCAACUCGCGGCUAGCCCUGGGUACGAGGUUGCUGUAAUCACAGAAACUUUGAUAGUGUAAACCAUCCUUUAUAUAUAACGUUGUUGUGGAGUAUGUUGUGAAGACGUUGCCGCGAGACAUGUUAACUUUACUAUUUGACCAACCAAAAACAUCACUAAAGCGUAGUUACAGUAUUGUGGACACAAACUAGAAGGGAACUAAGGUUUUAAACUAAAACAUUUUCCGAAAUGGACUUGGAAAGCUUUGACAUGUCAUAUUUAAAUAGACCUAUCAUCGUACAGCUGUUACAACCCAAUUCACAUUUUCGGUGGAUAACUUACAAACGAGUGUAUACCUACAUAUUUGCGAUAUUGUAAUGUAUAGGUAUAAAAUGCAAGAUUUCCAUUAUACAGUCAUGUAAGCGAAAUGGGUGGCAACGAGCAGAAAUACACUGUACUGUACGUGUUGUCGAUAGAGAAAAUAAUACUCUGUAUGUCAUCUCAUUGGGUGAGAUCGGGUCACCUGACCGUCAUCUUGGUUAAUGUGUCUUAAAAUGACAUUCUUGUCCGGCAAUAUGAUGAACCAGUAAACGUUCACAAAUUGAAAGUGCACCCACUUAAAAUUGUGUAAGGCUAAGAACCACUCCGACUCUCUAUCGUAGCCUGAUUCAUUGAAAGCAAGAUUUUUGUGCACUGUUUUUUUUGUAGCGAUUGAAGUAUGUGCAGAUUUCAGUUACGACUACCAACGACUGAGUAGGACGUAUGAUCGACAUUUUCGACGAAGUAGUACAAGAGAAAGAAACAUAAAAUUUUCAAUUUUUUAUAAUGAACAAGACAUGGAUCCUCAAUUUGUAAGUGUCUUCAUGCUAUGUCAAUUCUAAAUGUUCUUAUUUGAGGUCCAGAACGUUUACGGAAAUAGUCAUCUUGUAUUGGUCCAGUGUUAUUACAGGAGGAAAUCGAAGUACCGGGAAGAAAUCUGCUGUCGAAGCACUCUUCCACAUACGUAUGAGGCGAUAUUUGAACCAGAAAACUCUAACCCACACUCGUGGCAGGGGCGAAAGGAGCAUGCACUAAUCACUGUGGUGCCAAUAAUCAUACCUUUAUUUAACCUAGCUUGGACUGGAAAAAAUAGUGUCCAGGUUAUGGAAUUUGCAAUUGCAUUACUAAAUCCAUGGUAUAUCCAUACUAUUCCCAUAAUAUAUCCAUAGUAUGGAAAUUGCAAUUAGUAUGAAAAUUGGAUAUAAUUAUUUAAUAUAUAAUAUAAUUAUUAAUAUAAUUAUUUCCAAAGAAGAUUCGUAUUAGUAAGGAUUUUGGAAAGAAUUCUAUUAUGUUGAAUUCUUAAAUGUAAUUGAUAUAUAUAUACAUGUGCAUUUCCAUGAAUUUUGUUUAUAUAACUAAAAUAAGCAACCUCGUACACAGGGUUUUUGCAUUGAAAGUUACAAACGAAUUUCUUUUGGCAAUACUAUAAGAGCUAUUAUUAAUAUAUUUUUCAUUCUAGGGAGUUAAGACGUACCCGACCGUACGUUUACACAAGAAAGGAGAACCUAUUACUAAGUUUACAUUAUUCCACGGAUCUCCCGAUUAUUACGAUAUGAUUGACUUCGUGGAGAAACAAAUCGGGUAAGAUAAACCAAAGUAAUGAGCUUAUAUAUAUAUCUACAGUGAUCUCGGGGAAUCCGUUUAUCUAAUUACUAGGAAUCAGUGACGUAGCGAAGAUGUUGUGGAGAACAUUUUGAACAUUUAGCCUUUGGAAAGCCGUAAAUGCAACUAAAAUUUGGCAUUUUUAGCUUGUAUUCACUUUUAACUUCAUGUUGGCCUGUCAAUUGUACCUGAAAUUACUCGUGAACAAAUAUUGGGGGAAAUUUUCCCUCGACACACUGUCGGUCAACUAGGGACGUAUUAUUGCUAGAUAAAAAUUAGUACGUGGUCUCAUCAGCAGGCAGCAAUUUUAUUCCGAGCAACCAAUUUUAAGAAAAUUUAUUGAUACAUAACGGAAAUUGAAACGUGCAUGUCGCUAUUUUUCUCUCUUAGAGAACGUGAUGUGUACAUUCUGCCUGCCAGUGGUUUAGAUUAUAUAGAGUUGGAAAACUUUCAUACCGGAAGUGAGCAAAGUGUUGAUCAAAUUGAUGAUGUACAUAAUGCCGAGGAAGCUGAAGAUUAUUCGGACGAAGAUAGACCACGUAAGAAUAACGAAUCAAUCGGGGACUUUUUAAGUGUCGGGGACGCCACGGAAAAACUGUAGCUAUCGUCUUCAAGACAGUAUCAAUUUGAAAAUCAAAUAAAGUCAUAAGAUGAAGUAGCUAGUUAUUUACCUGCAGGUGUUUAGACUUCGAGCGGUCCCUCCUUUCUGCGGGUUUAGAUUUGCGGGCAUAAGCUUUCGUUGUACUACAACAUCAUCAACGUUUACAACCGGUAGUUCAUAGUUAAAAUUUAAGACUGUCACGUCCUCGUACUAGAGUAAGCACUGAAUAAGAUUCUAUAGAGUUCAGUACGGGCCAUCUCUUUUCAUUCAAUUGAGAGGUUCAGGUCUGACUUCCACUAACUGCCACUGGCUUAGUACGCAUAUGAUUGGUUAAUGGUCGCUUAAUGAUAGCGAUAGUGGUGAAGCUCUCCUCGAAGCUCUCUACGUUACAACGGAGGAAAACAAGAAUGCGCUAAGAAAACAUGCGGUGUUUGUUAGAGUAAAACUGAAAACACUCUCCCAAUAUGCGCUGACGCGAAACAAUAUUACUGGGAUUAGAAGCGAACUCCGCCCGCAAAAGUGUGUCACCUGCACGGCUACGCCUCAUAGCUCAAGAAACCCUAUCUGCAUGGAAGAAGUUGCGUUAGUGUAGGUCCUCGGUCCAAGUAGGACUCAAAUCUACCACCUUGCGAUGUCGGUACCAAAGUCUGACUAGCCCGUAACUCUUUAUUAUUUUUUUUCGACAGCUGAAGAGACCGAAGAUGACGAGGUGGCUGCGGCUGGAUAUGAAAUAUUUUACACCAGAGCUGUGAAUGAUUCGCACAUACCGAAACUCAAUGAUACAAGUUUUAACACAACUCUGAAACAAUAUGACAUCUCUGUUGUCUUCUUCUUUCUUCCAUGUAAGUUGUUAUAUUUCUAAGAGGUGAUAACAACCCUACUAUGGUUAUUUAAAUUUUGAUUCUUAAAUAACCCUAGGCUAUGACUAUAUAAUCCAAGUAUAUCGAAUAUUUUAUUCCUUAGGGGAUGCAAGAAGUCAAGCGUUUUCGCCAUCAUAUGCUGCCGCUGCAAAAAAAUUAGGUACUAUAAGUAGUUUUCAGUUUUCUGUGGAAGAUAUAGUUGGUAAUGUAGAGACGUAAUUGAGUAUUAUAGUUUUCGACAUGUUAUGGGCCCAUUGAAGACACAAUUAAGGAUCUUGUAUGGACACAGUUAGGCAUGGAUGAGCAUUUUAGUGCUAUAGAUCCAGCCGAAGGCGCAGAACACAAAUACAUUGUCCACAGCACCGCCAUUGCAUCGUUACAUUAAAACAAUCCUGCCAUCCAACUCGUCUCAGCAAAGCGGGAUCAUAUAUAAACCUCCCUGAAUAGAUUAGAGCAUGGUUCCUCUAAUGAACCCUUCCCUUUUUAGAGAAAAAGAUUAUUAUUGUGUACUGAUUAGAUUUAUUAAUUAACCUCGAAUUAAGUUUACUUUAUUUUACUAUUUAGACCCCUCUCUGUUACCCCCUCCCCGUGCUUGAAUUAAUAGAGCCAAAGGCAGUAAUUUUCCGACAAACCCCAAUGAGGAAAAAAUUUUCCGGACAACAACAUUUUAAAUCCCCCCCCCCUCCCUUCCGGACAAUAACAUUACAAUUGCUUUCAUAGCACUUUCCCCGAUUUCCGUAGCACUUUGUCCGAUGCUUCACCACGAAGAUUCCGACAACACUGACAAUUUUCCGACGGGUCUCAACAAUAGGGGGGGGGGGACCAUAACCCCCCCUGCCCCCCCCCCUCCCGGCCACGGCGCCACUGUUCCGGGGAUAAGUCUGUUGCGUUCUGUUUUAGUUUGAUGUAGUACAGAUUAAUGAUCGUGAAAAAUCCCGGGUAGUUGGGUUUUUUUUACUUGAGACUCCCCAAUCCGUUUUUCUCCUUUGCUCUCGAUUACAUAUUAAGUUGUAUUAUCUUAGUUGAGCCUGAUGGUAGUGAGACAACGAUUGGUGUACUGCAGGUCAACUGUUUUGAUUGGGAAGAUGUUUGUGCCAAGGAAAAUAUUAAAUUGUAUCCAACUGUCAGAUUUUACAGGUACAUAUUAUAUUACGUCUUGUAAACCUUUAUAUAUCAGGCGAUGUACACUGUACAUUACAUGCGAAGGACUAUUUUGAAGUGGAGUACGUGGUGACCAAUUUGUGCAGUGAUGAAUGGUACAAUAACUUAUUUUUGCAGUAAUAAAAUCUUGUUUGGUUAUUCGUGAACGGAUCACUCAUUAGAAAUUAUGUUUAAACGCGCCAAAUAUGCAAAUAAGAUGAUUAUCAUAUAGAAGGACCUUUUGUACCUCUCGUCAUUCGUUGUGUCACAUUCAAUACAUUAUAUUUAUGUAUUUGGCUUAUUUAACUAAAAUAUUUUCAAAAUUGAGAAGCUAUACAGAGUACAGAGCUACUCAGUAUUCCUUCGCUAUUUUUAAAACAUACCGCUGAACUCACAUGGUAAUGCAGAAAGCACUCUGGGAUGGUGGGAAUAAAGAUUCAUGCUUGUCAAGAGGGUUGUAGAAAGGCAUUACAGAGGGACUUCUUACAGAGUUACAGUCGAACAGAAAUUCACAAUUUGUUUUUUACCUAGGAAAAAGCAAGCUCCAAUGGAUUAUCGUGGGGUCUGGGAUGAAUCGAGCUUGAUGAAAACCGUUAAACUGUAAGUCUACGGUCAAUUUGUAAACGUAUAAUAUACCGUAGAUCCACUAUUAAGAACGACAUUAACACCUGUAUUCUAAAAGCUCACUCACACUCAAUGAGUGGAAGUUCAAUCUGAGCUUCUCUUGAGUGUCAAUGCUGUUUUUGAAUAGCUGGAGGGUGAGUAGUCACAUAGUAAGGUACGACACUAACCCUGCAGCUAUUCAAAAACAGCAAUGACACUCGAGAGAAGAUCAGAUUGAACUUCCACUCAUUGAGUGCGAGUGUGCUUUUAGAAUACGAGCGUAAGACCCAUGGUGAGUUAUGAAUUUCAGGUACUGUAUGUUUGAGCUGAGGACUUAUAGAGAAAGGGGCGUUUAUUAAUUAUGCCGAAAUACAGUAUGUAGUAAACGCAGUAAAUAUGGCAGUUUGUUAUUAGAUCGAGACAUUAGCCUGCGUGCAGUCCCAUCUAUAUUUCUCGUAAUUUAGCCUCCAAGCUUCAUUUCCACUCAAGUUAACCUCGGAUGGAGAAGUAGUUGGAUUCCAAGAAGGAAAAUAUCCGAUGACGUCAAUACUAUAUACAGAUGUUUCAGUUCUUGGAUUAUUUUCCAUCGAGAGCAGUGAUUGUAAGUAUAUAAUUGAAAGUAUUUCAAGGAAUUCACCUUGAUACAAACCACGGUUGAAGUAGAGAACACUAUUCCAUCACGAGUGGUGCCUUGGCCGUUAUCACGUUACCACGUUACCAACAUGGUAGUACCACAGAAUACAGAUCUUACAGAAGGCCGACGUCUUGGUUUUGCCUAUGAUUUUGGCGUAACCGUUGAAAAUAUUCAAAAUGGUGGACGUUCAGUGGGUUGAAUGCCUCUCGUAAGCGCACUGGCAAGAAACAUGGCGACAUCAUUUUGAUGAAGAAUCAUUGCGAAUCAAUGCGUGGUGGAGGUUACGCUUUUUGGUCGAAUCGCCCUGCUGUAAGGUCUCUAUUCUGUGGUACUACAUUACGUUUGCCUAUUUAUAGCGCCUGGAUACUAAAAUACAAAAAAUAUUACUGUUACUAUUCAUGGGAACAAAUCUUCGUAGAGGUUAAUUCUGAGGUCAUGAAACGAUUGCUCUUUUUAUUUUUCAAGACGUAUCCACUUUCAAUGCAGCUGCUCGUGCAAUGGAAGGACAGUUUCUAUUUGGAUAUGCUACUGGAAAAGUUGCUUCAGACGCGUAUGUACAAAAUCAUAAUGAUUACACGACGCUUUGUUGAGCAUUAAGUCUAUAAGUAUAUAAAACUUCGCGACUUGUACAAAUGUUAUUUGCGAUCGGAAUGUUACAUUGAUUGUGUCAAGAAGGUUCAGCUUACAUGCUUGAGUUAUUCCUAAACAAGACAGAAUACUAAUGAGCUGUAGGAAAUAAAAUAUCCCUUGCAAUGAUAGAAAGUGCCACAAAAAGACGACCAACAGGUAUUUUUCAAGAAAAACCUCUCAUACAGGGAUGUUACGAAACAUCAGGUGUUUGACGGAGGCGGGUCAAAAGAUUUUUUACCUGAAUUAGAUUUUUAACGUUAAAAGUUGCAAUUAUGAUAGACUCUUAAUUUGCACAGGUGGCCGAGUAAUGGUUUGGUUGGGUGGGGAACAGGCCAAACAAAUUCCAUGUUGGGCAAGGGGAUGUUCUGUGGCAUGUUUCCCCAGAAACUUUUUAAAUCUAGAAUCUCUUAAGAUCUGGCGAAGAUUUAUCUCACCCACAAAAACUGUUUUAAACCUCGUAAUGAAUAUUCAACAUUUAUCUAAUAACCUUAAAUUUGCACUCUAUAAUUUCUUUCGCGGGGCUUCGCUUGCCUCAAUUUUACCCUUCGUUCUGAAGUGAUUUGUGAGGAAAACAGCUAGGAGAGUGUGCAGGUCCUCCCCCAGAAAUGCUCAUUGACUGCAUAUUUCCCGCACAUAACUACAAGUUAUAUUUUAUUCAAUGUUUUCGUCAGUUAACUUGGUAACUCCACAUUUGUGUUUGAAAACUGCACAAAUGGGUUUAGCAUUGUACAUUUUGUGUGGAACUGCACGUUAAAAACCGUGCGACCAAGUAUAUUUAUUCGGUUGGAGAAAAAAUCUUUAUUCGUUAAAUUAAGCAAUGCUAUUGGUUAAACCUAAAACCUUGGGGUCCAGCGUUGGCAGCGGCGUUGAUAUAAGGGACGCAUAUUUUUUGGUACACCUAUACUAAUAUAUUCACAAUGAGUUGUAUUGAUUUUCUAACGAAUUUCAAGUUCAGAUCUUGCAUUCUAUAUGUAUUAACCAUUGAGGCAAGAGUGCAAGUCUAUUUCCAAAUUAUCACAAUAUGAAGAAGAUAUAUUUAUUACUUAUUUCUUGUGUAGUGCUGCCAGACUGAAUGUCCGUGUGCCAAGUGUUGUUUUGAUAAAAAGAGAUGAUCCAUUGCAAAGUAAAGUUGUCUUUGAGGGAGAGUAUGCCGAGGAAGCCAUUAUUCAGUUUGUAAAACACUCAAGUCUUCUGCAAUAUGUACGUUUACGAAAAUUAUACUGUUGUGAUAUCUUUCUUCGUUUCGAAAAAUUUCUUGUGCAAUGAAUGCCAAUAAUUGUCAUGAAACUAGUGCAACAAUUGACUGUCAGACAUUGAAUAUUUGACCCACAUGCAUCCCACAAUGCAUUGCGUAUACCUAAUGCUUGGAUUGAAAAUUGCGUGACGUACAUAAGUACUUAAUUCUAAGGGUUAUUACAAAGUAACCAUCAUGGGAUUUUUGCGCCUUCUAUGUUUAGGGUUUACGUAUAACCACAGGAGUUUUGACUCGUAAAGCACAUUGAUUCAGUAAUGAUAUAGAAUAUUUCCAACUGCAUGUAGGUUUUUCCGAUUGUUUGGGAUAAAAUGUUCUAUAUACAGUUGAUCUUGACUAAAGUGAUACGACUAUGUUACGACUAUGUUCGACGAAUGAUCAGGAAAACAUCAGGACCACUGGUGGUAUAAAAGUUCUAUUCUAGCCAGCUCUUCGAGAUAGUUCAUGCUCUCUCUAGUAAAUCUGUCCAAUUUUAUCGUAUAUGAUUUUAUCAUAAAUACAUUUCUUGAUAUCGAAAUGAUAGAUAGAUUGAUGGACAGACGAACUAUCUUUUCUUUCAUUCUUUGCUCAUGUUUGUCCUGACAAUUAAUAUGGGCUUAGUAUAAAUCAGGUCAUUAAUCUACGAUCGCCCACUAAUAAAAUUCAUGAAGUUGUUCAUGUGUGUAUUUUUUCUUCAGGGAGAGCUGACACCAUUGAACUUUCCGACAUAUUUCAGUAAAGGACAACCAUUUUUGAUUGCUUUCAUAAACAAAGACAAUGACGAAAUUAACUCCCUCAUUACUGAUAUCGUAAAGUCUGCUGAAACAGAUGGAAUGAAUUUCUGUUGGGUUGACAUGUGAGUAUGCCUGAAGAUUGUCGUGACAACUAUUAUAGGAGUAUAGCACUGAAUAAUAAGCAAUUAUUUGAUGAGGCUGAGCAUGAUAUCAAGAAUUAUUCAGACCGAGGUCAAUGUUAUCUGCCGAAGCGAAGCUGAGGCGGAUAACAUGGACCGAGGUCUGAAUAAUUCUUGAUAUCAUGCGAAAGCCGAAUCCAAUAACUUUUUUAUUAUACAUUUAAAGACAUGAGAAACGUAUAAAACGAUUCCGGUUCAUGAGGUAGGAAAAGUACAAUUUCAAUAUCAAACACCUUGCACCAAGUCAAAGGUCAGCUAAAUAUUCUAUUUCUACUUCUAUUUACCCCUUUGUGGCUUUUUUCGUGCUUUCACUAUCCUUAUCUGCCAAUAAUUUGGAGAGUUCACUUUCAUUCAGCGAAGCAAAUCUGCUGUAGGCCAUUGUUUUUUUUUUCGCGCGCGCUUAUAGGUUCAAGCUUUUGGCCGCGCAAGGGUUUGGGCACGAGAGAGUCCAAUAAUUUUUUUUUGGAUGCAAGUUCGAUCCAAAAAAACAAUUAUGGGACGCUGAUGACGUCAUCGGCGGAAAAUACGUAAUAAAUGCCGAAUACUGAAAAUUAGCCGGUGCUUUCUGACCAAUUAAAGCCAGAAUAUAUUUAUAAUGAGAAGAUAUUCUUAAAGCUGUCAAAUUGUUUACAAAUCGAAUUUUCCUGUUUAAAUUAGUUUUAAUGUCAAGCAAAUGCAUUUUCCUAUGUAACUUGGAAGAUAUAUAGAUAGAUACAAAUAUACAGAUAUUUCACAGCACACUCCCUAUCAGGGUUUUUCAAUGACUGGUUACAUUGUGAAUAGAUAGACAGAACCGGAACUGAGGUGAAGCAGACCGAGGUAGACUGUGAGCUUACAAAUGGAGCUUUAAGCAGCCGCUAUUAGUCCAUAUCUCAUUAAUGAUCUGCCCCCUGACCUAUAUGUUUAACCCACCCUGUCAAUAUAUGGCUUCCCACAUCUCUUCUAAUGAGUUUUAGAACGUUUCAAGCACUAUCAAGAUAAUGAGACUUGACUCUUGAGGCAGCCAUUCGUUAUUCACUAGCAAAAUUAAAAAGAAUGACUAUAGUAUAUUAUAUCUAGAAGAAAUUAUUUGAGAAAAAAUGUAACACUACUAAAACAUUGCUAUGGCACUGUUCAGCCGAAUGAAAGACUAUUGAAAAUGUUUGUCUUUCUUAGUUCUGUGAAGGUAAAUCGUGAUAUUCUGGAAGCGUACACUCGAGAAGACAACGACAAAUCUGAAAUAACUUCUGCCAUUGUUCUUGUCAACCAUCAAAAGGUCUGUAUUUUGUGCCCUGUCAGUUCACAUGGUCUGGAGCCAUUUGUUCGAAAUGUUCGCAGCCAACUGCCUGAAAUCUUUAUUCAGAAAUCGUGUCUCGUCUGAAGACUUAAAACAUACAAACGUGAAGAAAUGCACAAACCACAAAAGCGGGUUAAAUUUUAACCAAUGAAGUUAAAACGCUAAUCGCACUUUGAACAGCCGGCCCGUGGACGAUAAAAGUGGGUUGUUUACAGCAUAUGUUUGUGAUGUCCCGAGGCGAAUGCAAGUAGGAGAUCAGAUGCAUUGCAAAUUGUCGUUAAACUUGAAAAUAAGAUAGUGGUCUGUUUUGAAGAUGAAAUGCUAGGGCGUAAAAAAAAAAAUACCUGUGGUUCCGGUUCCCGACCGACCCUAUUUUUUUCUGCCGACCCUAUUAUUUUUUCAACGCAAUUGACCGUGCGACCCUAUUUUCUUCGGGUGGUUGCGGGCUGCUCAUGCAGCGUGCCAAAAUGGCGUCUGUUGUCACACUAAUUAUUGAACCAAAUUGCCUAAAUUCGUCCAUGGGAAAUACGCAUCUCUAGUUAAUAUUGAUGUCGGGACUCUACUGCAAAUCGCCCAGCAAAAAAACGGCAAAACCAUGAAAAAAAAUAUUUAAAAAAAUAUAUAUUUCCGACCUACCGACCCUAAUUUUUUCACGAUAUGAAACCGGAACCACAGGUAUUUUUUUUUACGCCUAGAGUGCGCUAUUAGAAUGGUCAGAUUGGUAAUGCAGUGAUAGAUAGAUAGAUAUAGAUGGUUUGUUGAGGUAAAAUUUUGCAGCCUUGAAGUAGCUGAAUUAUGAGUACCUUUACAAAGCAUUACUUUACGGAAAGAACUGAAUUCAGUAUUUCAUGUUUUAGGGCGCAACGUACACCUACAAGGGUGAGCUACAGAAGGAAAGCUUAGUAUCUUGGAUAAAGGCUUGUUUAUCUGGAUCACAAGAGUUCACAGGUAAAGAUAUAAGUGCCUAAAUCAUAAACGGAAGGGAAUCGGCCGUUGUAAUAAUGUACACUUUUCACCCACUCAUGGUUAUAAUGAUCGCAACAUAGAAUAUAUAAUACUUUUGUUGGCGACAGCGUCUCCGCGAUCAGAACGUCCAUUCUAAACCAAAAAUAUACUUAUCGACGUUUCGAGCAAAAUCCCUUUCUCUUGACGCCUUGGCUCGUACAUUUGAGUAUAUUUUGUCUGAUUAGAAUUGACUGGCUGUUUUAAGGAUGUUGUAGUUUCUUGUUCAUUUUAUAUUACAUUCAAAAAUCACUUGCAAAAAUGAUUAUUUGAAUUUGUUGGAAAACACUGUUUGCUUCCUGGGACGCCAAAUUUUUUCCACGAAUUUAAAAGGGUGGCGGGUAAACAUUCGAGGAAUGAAUGAAAUUUACAAAUUGUUCCUCAACGAGAUAGCUUUUUGCUGAUGUUACUCUGAGUGUGUCCACAUUGGGCAAGCUGAAAAAUUGCUUCACCGCGGUGGGAAUCGAACCCGCAACCUUUGGCCGUACGACGCUCUACCAACUGAUGAGCUACGAGGUCAAGUCAGUUCCAGUAAGUGAUAUUUCAGAAGCCAAAACUCAUUCUAGUUUCUUUGAUAUCUGUAUAUUUCUUGUGAUGUAACGUCUGGUGGUUGUAGUGUGUUAACGAAUCACAGUCAACCGUGAUGCUUCGCGCGCUAUGUGAAUGUUUACUUAAUACAGGGAGCUAAAAAUAGUGUUGUCUUCGAAAAUAGUCGUACACUAAGAAUGAUAUGCAUUAGCUUUAUUAUAAACAAAAAACAUUAAUACUUUUACCCGCUGGUGUUUUGAUGAAAUCUUGAUUCCUGCCCCAUCGCCUGCUACGUUCACGCAGUUCGUCCAUGCUUUGAUGGAGCAGGAUUUCGGCAAACUCGCUAUGCGAGAGCCCCGUAUUCCCAGGCUUUCUUUCCUUUCUGUCCAAAGGACGUACGUUAACUUGUCAACGAUAUUCUUUUUGAUUUACCCUCACUUGUUGGUCUUCCACGAACGGGAAAUACAGAAGCCAUGAUUAGUCAUCUACUUUAUAAACUGAGAAAACUUUCUAAAAUCAUUGGUUAAAAUAAACACACACGCCAAAUUCUUCCAACUAUGAAAAUAUGACAUCGUCUAAGAAUAAUGCAGAUUGAUAAGCAUACGCUUCGGAUAUCAAUCUUUCGUCACUAAAUUGGCUAAUAAAAUGGAAUACAAAACAAUCAAAACAUUUUAGCGCGCAAAACAUCACGGUUGACUGUGAUUCUUUAAACAAAGAGUCUUUAAUUUUUGCUGAUUAGUGAAUCCACCGUGGUGAAGCAAUUUUUUAGUUUAUCUGGUGUGGGGAGAUGCACUUAGAGUAACAUCAGUAAAAAAUUAAACACCUGAGUUCAACACCACAACCACCAAUUAUUUCUGAGGAUGUGCGAUGGCUUAAAGUGACAUUUUCACCUAGGUAAACUUGAAACAAGUGAAUGGAAGCCUCGACUUGAAGGUUACGACUUCUUGGCGAAGAUAAAAGAAGAGGCUGAAAAUGAUGAAGGAGAUGAUGAUAAAUCUUCAGAUCCAUGGGAAGACUCUGAAUCAACUGAAAAUGACGACGAUGGUGACGAAGGAAAAUCACACGAAUAUCAGUCCGAGACCAAUCCGCAUAAUGCAAGAUUCCACGACGCAUUUCAUGCCAAGAAACAGUCAAGACUCGAUCAACGUCGUCGGAUCAUGCAGAAACCCGUCCAUGAAGCGCAUACUGAAUUAUGAAGAGACACAACUCAAUAACCCUAUUUAUGUAGUUACAUUUUUUGCACAACAUUUAUUAGCCUGAUAGAAAGCUUAACACGUAACAUUUUGUCAAUAGACAACGCAAAGCUUAUAAAUCCAGCCGUUAAAGAUGGCGACUAACGCUUGUUUAUACUCAAUUCACAACUUUGGUUACCUUACAUCUUAACUUGCUAUUGUUUUAGUAUACCAAAGCAUAUCGCUUGCGUAACGCUGCACAAAAAACAAAAUUCCCCGCUACAAACAAGCUUUAAUAGUAUGCAAGUAAUUUAUUUAUAUAGUUAGACACAACUGAAUUAGCUGUAAAUUUCCUGUGUUAUAGUUAGUAUACAAGUAAAUUUCAUAACGUUCCUUCUUUUGCUAUCAUUCUGUCUGUUACCAUUACACAAACUGAAAUUGCAUGGUUGGGCAUCGAUAUGUUACUAG